CGUUUGACCAGGCUGGAUGGGGCAGUAGUGAUCACACUACAGUCCAAGGAGUGAAACGGGAACUCUUUUAAGCAAGAGUCUCAUCCCUGAAGCUCAUCAUGGCACAUCCCACAAUGCACCUGCUGCUGCUCAGUCUCCUCAUCGCCACUGCUGCUGGGAAAGGCCUGGAGAAGGGACCACUGGAGAACAAGUUUCUAGACGUACCAGAGGGGACACCUGUACCUUACGCCCUCUACCAGUUUCAAGCGUCCCACCUCGAGGUUGAUGGGUUCAGAUUGACAGGAGAGACUGAAGGAAAGAUCAGCAUCUCAGAGGACGGCUGGCUCUACCUGGAACAGACCCUGGACUGGGCCCACACACAGACACAUACUCUGGAGCUGGAGGCCUUAGUGGGUUCAGAACCAGUAGAAGGUCCAGUCAGCAUCACCAUCAACGUGUUGGAUGUCAACAACCACGCCCCCUCCUUCAACCAGACAGACUACAUCGGCAUCGUCAAGGAACGUACCCCCGCAGGUGUUCCAUUUGCGCGUGUGUUUGCUACUGACCUGGACGACCCAGAGUCUCCCAACGCCCAUCUGAGUUACACCCUGGUCUCCCAGAUCCCCAACAGAGACAACACCCUGUUCUUCCAGAUCAACAGCAACACAGGAGAGAUUUCUACUACUGCCGAGGGAGAGCGUCUGCUGAAGGCCAGAGAAAGUGUUAUUCAUUCCAGAGGAGGGGACUUCAGUGAUUCUCUGAAGAAGAGGUUUGAUGACUACUGCACCCCCACAAAGGACAUCCCUUAUGAACUCAACCCCUUCUACAGCUGUGUGCAGAGAGCAGAGUCUCGGAGGCUGAACCCUCUGGAAGACCCAGACUUCACGCUGAUUGUUCGUGUGGAGGACAUGGGCGGGGAGUCGGUGAACGCUCUCAACGGUAACGCGAGGGUUAAAAUUGUCGUGCAGGAGAACCUGUGGGUCAAUCCUGGACCGAUCAACCUCAGAGAACAGUUGAAAGGGAUAUACCCCAUGCACAUCGGCAAGGUCCAGUCUAAUGAUCCCAGUGCCUUCUACAGGCUGGUACAGAAAGAGCGGGAGCUGACGUUCCCCUUCAAUGUCACAGAGGAAGGAGACAUUCUGCUGACUGAGGAGCUGGACAGAGAGGACAAGGCCAUGUACAUCCUGGUGGUGUUCGCUGAGGAUAGCUAUGGUAACCAGGUAGACCCUCCCCUGGAGGUGCAGGUGGUGGUGGACGAUGUGAAUGAUAACGCUCCAAUCUGUGAGGAGGAACUCAGUGUGUUUGAAGUGCAGGAGAACGAACCCACAGGUAACUAA